AUAUUCGCCACCUCUCGAAUAAAACUAGCACCACUCACCGCAAUUUCCUUAUCUUCUUCCGUUACCACCACCUCAAAUUCAUCCUCUCCUUCAUCCUCCACAUACUUUUACGGUCUUUGCUACGUAGUUCGGGACGAUGUUGAGACUAAUCAAAUCAUUCCUACACAAUAUUAUUCCAGCUUGGAUCAUUACCCUCUUCGAUUUGUUGAGGAUGACGGGAUAAAGUCAAAGUACUCGAUUAUUAUUGCAGGGAAUAAUUUUGGUUGUGGAAGAGAACAUGCUGCUGUUGAUGCUUUGAGUGAUGCAGGAACCAGAGCUGUUGUGGCUGAAUCAUAUGAUGGGGUUUUUCUUAAGAACUCGAAUUCGAGUGGGUUGAUUUUUGCUUUGGAAUCUGAGGUAAGAAUUUGUGAUGAAUUUAAAACAGGGGAUGUUGCCACUGUUGAUGUUGAAGAGAGGGUUUUGGUGAAUCAAACUACUGGGAUAGUUUAUCAGUUAAAGGCAGUUGCUGCUGAUGCGGUUAGUUGAAGUUGGUCAUCUCAAGUCUUUUACUGGCUCGUAUUCAUAAGGAAUGAUCGAUUCGUGUGUACAAAGUGUGUAUAUUUCCGUUUUGAGUUGCUGGGGAAAAUUGAUGGUUGAGUUACACAAGAUUAAUGUGGGAAAAUCUCCAUUGAAUAGGGAGUAUGAUGAAUUGCAUAAUUUGCAUUUAGUCUUGUUCUUUUAAUUCUAGCUCUUUAAUUGAUUUUAUUUUUUUUCCCUAUCUCAUUUGUAAAUAGUAGCGUAAAAUCAUGUUUAAAUUCGUAGCUUAUAUAGUGCUUAAUUAGUUUCAGUUACUCUAGAAUUAAAAGAUUUUGCGUUAUUAUCAAAAAUUCAAUUCAAUAUCUAAGCUUUCGUUAUUUGUCCGAUUGUCCCCACCUUUCUUUACAUUUUCGUUUAAUUUUUCUAUUCUCGUUUCAGUUUUUUUUGUUGAAAGGACACUAUGGUGCCUGAUGUCAUUGUCAAAUUUGUGAUAACAUAUGGAAAGAAUCAAAGCAAAUAACCCACCUCAACCUUAUUACUGCACUAGUUUAAGACCCAUGUCACGCACGAUAAGUCCAAAACAAACUAUACAUUACUUUAUUUAAAAUAAAAAAGCGGAGGAAGUAAAAAUUUGUGUAGUACGAACUAUGAAUCUCUUAUUAUAAUAGAUUCAUCAAUUUUUUUAUUUUUUUUUAUUAUUUUUUUUUAAUAUUGCUACUAUAUUAGAUUAGUUAAAAUAUAUUAAUAAUUUGAAAUAAUAAAAUAUAAUGUAUUAUGCUAUUUAAAGAUAUGACAUACGAAGUACGAAGUAAUAUUUAUGCGGAAAAACUUGUGUGGACCGUUCACAAUAAUAUUAUUAUGGAUCUGAGAUGUAUACACGCGCAAUUGACUAUAUUUUGAACAUAGUGAGCUUAAUUUUAAUAUAGUAA